UAUUGAAAAGACAUGCAAUGUUUAAACUUCAGACAAAAUUUGCAAAUUCGCAAUUUCAAAGUGUUUAUUUUUAAUUGUAUAUGUAACUUUUCUUAAAUAAAUUACAAGAUUAUAAUAGAAUUUUGUUGACACAAACAGAAUUGUAAACCAGCUAUGGCAUCUUCACCGAAAUCACCAGAACAAAACGAAAAAACCAAACAGUAUGACCGGCAACUUCGUCUUUGGGGUGAUCAUGGGCAAGCUGCACUGGAAAACGGACAUAUUUGUCUUAUAAAUGCAAAUGCUUUAGGAACUGAGGUUUUGAAAUCUAUAGUUCUUCCUGGCGUGGGUGCCAUUACAAUUGUGGAUGAUAACAUUGUGAGUGAUGAGGAUAUUGGAAGCAACUUUUUUCUAGAGGUCACAAGUAAAGGAUUAAAUAGAGGAUCCGAAACUUUACGUCUGCUUUUGGAAUUAAAUGAUGCUGUACAAGGUCACUCUGUCCAAGAACCACCAGAUCAAAUCUUAAAAGAAAAUCCAGAUUUUUUCAAAGCUUUUAGUGUAGUAAUUGCAUCUUCACUUAGUGAGAAAACAGUCAAAGAUUUAUCCCAGCACUUAUGGGAGAUUAACAUUCCUUUUAUAUUUUGUAGAUCUGUUGGAUUUUUGGGUUCUUUUAGAAUACAAAUAAGGGAGCAUGCUGUUAUUGAGACACAUCCUGAUAAUGAACAAGUGGACUUACGUUUAGAUGUCCCAUUUCCAAACUUAUUAGAAUAUCUUGAUAGUAUUGAUAUUGAUAGUCUUGAUCUGAAGGACCAUGGUCAUAUUCCUUGGAUAGUCAUUUUAUACAAAUCUGUACAGAAAUGGCAAAUAAUGAACAGAGAUAGAUGGCCAAUGAGUAGGAAGGAAAAAAAUGAAAUAAAAGAUAUCAUUCAAGAAUUUAUCAGAAAAGAUGAAAAUGGUGUCCCUAUUGUUGAAGAAAACUUUGAAGAGGCAAUAAGGGCUGUUAAUACAGCUUUGGUGCCAACAUUUUUACCAGUAAAAAUUCAAGAUUUAAUUUACAGUAGUACAGCUAUAAACUUAAACAAGGAGAGUUCGUCAUUCUGGAUUAUGUGUUCAGCUCUAAGGGCUUUUGUAGAAGCAGAUGGUAAAGGAAAAUUGCCUCUGCGAGGUGUUCUACCAGAUAUGACAGCUUCUACAGAACAUUAUGUUAAAUUACAGAACAUCUACCAUACUCAAGCUUCAGCAGAUGCAGAAAUAGUCUAUAGGAAAGUACAGCAAAUUGUAUCCCAAUUACAAUGUGAUAGUAUAAGUGAAGCUGAAGUAAAACUCUUUUGUAGACAUGCACAUGAUAUACAUUUAAUAAAGGGAUCUAAUAUUGCCUCAGAGUACCAGUUAGGAAGCCCGGUUGCUUCUUACAUUGCUAGACAUUUAGAGGAACCUGAUGUGAUGAUGGUGCAUUAUAUUCUACUAAGAGCAGCAGAUAUGUUUCGGUCAGAACAUUGCCGAGCUCCUGGUGAAUGGGAACCUGAGAGUGAUAUUUCUAUCUUAAAAAACUGUGUUUCUAAAUUGCUAAGUGACAUCUCAUGCUCUCCAUUCCCCAAGGAUGAUCAUAUUCAUGAGAUGUGUAGGUAUGGAGGAGCUGAGAUUCACAGUGUAUCUGCAUUUCUCGGUGGAUGUGUGGCUCAUGAAGCUAUUAAAUUAGUUACUAAGCAAUAUAAUCCUGUUAACAAUACUUUUAUUUAUGAUGGAGCAUCUACUAAUACUGCAACAUUUACUUUUUAAGAAUGGUUUGUGUGAAUAAAUAAACUUAUA